CCAAUCCCUCUCCUAUAUUAUUUCUCUUUUUUAUUUCUUAUUUCUUGAAAUCGCCAAAUUCAACACAGGCUUAGGCGCUUCGCCGUGACGCUAAGCCAAAGCAGCAAAGCUGUACGCUCGUGAGUCCGUAACGAAACUGAAAACUCUUUUUUAUACAAUUGACAUGACAGCAACAGUAAGGUAUAAAACCCUCAUUCAACAAAACUAUUUCAUUAUGAACCCUAAACCGGUCUUUAUUAUUUUACAUGGAGCAUUCUCCAGAGCUAUACAGACGGAAGAUCGAACAGACGAGCCCUGUAAUGUCAUAUCCUAUCCAUCUCUAAUUCUUCCCUCUCCCUCUCUGUGUCGCCGGAGCUCUGGUGGAAUUUCGGUAUAACGGAUCAACUUCAAGAUUCAAGAAUCAAGAAUCAAGAAUCAAGAUGGAACAGUCCUGGCGCUUCAGACCUAUGCAAGGUAGCAUUUGCCCCUUCUGUUCUAUUUCCCAUAUUCCCUUUUGUUGUCAAUCUCUCGCAUUCGAUAGGAACGGUUUUGGAGGCGAUGAUUUCCGUCGAUUACGGAUGGCAAACGAUCACCCGUUUCACAGGCCAUUUCUUGAUCCGUUAUUUGAUAAUCAAAUGGUUCAACCGAUGCACCGUCCUCUAUCACAUUUUGAUAAUAGCCCUAAUUCGAUGGAGCUGGUUGAGGGGAGUCCAGGUGAUGGCUACGGAAGUUCACAAUCUCUGUAUAAAAUUCAUAAUCUGGAAAGACAUUCUUUCCGAGAAUUUCCAGUACCAUCACAAUUAACAGAUUCUGCUCGUGGGGUUGGUUUUGAGGAUAUGCGUUUUGAUCACAGAGCAAAUCGAUUUAUGAGUGGAGAGUUCCUAGAGAAUGAUAGAACUCAUAAGAGGAUGAAAGUCGAUGGGAUGGGUAACGGUUCUUCUACGCAGAUACCGACGCCAUACCACAAUGAUUACUACUCUAAUCCGGCCAGAUUAUCCACAGAGGAGGAACGGAGAUUGAAUAUGAUUCGUGAUCAUGGUUUGUCACCAAAUGUUUCACUGUCACAAGCUGGGUUUGAUUCUUCGUUUGGAACAGGCUUCGAUGUUGUUAGCAGACCAAGUGGAUAUUUACGCGAAAGCUCACUUCAUGAUAGGAACCGUCAUGGCAUUGUUGGAGGGCAUGCCAACUUUGAUUUACAUUAUACGCUCCCAAAUAACGUGGGGACAAACAGUUCUCAUGAUCCUGGGUUUAUUUCUGAUGAUAGAAAGGGUUCGAUUAUGCAUCCAGACCGCGCAUAUGAUCUGCCGGGAUAUUUCAUGCGUGACAAAAAUGAAAAGAACGAAUUCUGGAGUGAUGUACAUGGCUCAGGCAUUGGUCCACCGCAUUUCCGAAGUAACGUCAAUGGUCUUAUUUCAGAAAUGGAAAAUGAACAACAGUUGCAGUCUCAUUCUGGUCAGAUGGAAAAUUCUGCAAAUCAUUUGUUGCAGAAUUAUGGACUGAGUAAUGUCCCUGAUGUUGCUCCUAACUGCUAUGACCUUGCUAGACAAAGUCAGGAGCCAUCAUCUCUUCACCGUGAAGAGGUGUAUCGGCAUAGCUCUCACCAUACGCCUUAUCCCUUUCCUUUGGGUUCUAAAGAAAAGUAUCGUGCACAUGAUCUCCAUCAACUUCAGUCAAAGGAUUUUAUGCCUGCAAAGGGACCCCUUUAUCAUCGCACAAAUUGCCAGAUAUCUUCCAGCGCAAAUAUGUCACAUCAUGAACUGGGUUCUAGUUUCCCCAUGGGGAGUGCUCAACUUCCCCAUCCAAAUGAAUCGGAGCAUCAGGUUGGAAGCACACAUGAUCGUCAUUUCUAUGAUCAAAAGGUUGAUGUUCGACAGUCCAUUGAAGUUAAACCACUACUACCAGCAGAUGUUCAGGUCCCAGAUGGGCCUCAAAAUUUCUCUGCAUCUACAAUGAAGAAUUAUGGAAAUUACUUGGUUAUGUCCGCUGAGAACAGCAUGCUAGUUCAGGAUUCUCAGACAUUUAGACGGCAGCCUCCUCUUCCUCCCUUGCCACCGCUACCUCCUCCAGCGGAUCCACCAGGGCCACCUGCUGCACACCGGCAACCAACAACUUCACCUUCUGUAACAUCUUUACUCUAUCCAAUUCCUUCUAGUUCUUCGACUAGCAUGCCCUUGGCACAUCAACCAGCUCAUGAUAUGCAGCCGGUGGCACAGGCCUAUUUUAACAAUAAACAACAUUUGCCUGCUUCAACUGGUUUUGUUACAGAAGGAUCACAAAUCAUCCUCCAGACAUCAUCUAAACAAUACUCUGAAGAUGAGAAACCAUUUCCUUUGAAGUAUCCUUCACCAGAUAGGGCAAAGGUUAUUGAUGCCUCUCACUUAUUUAGGCAGCCACAUAGAACUACUCGUCCUGAUCAUUUUGUGAUCAUCCUUCGAGGCCUUCCAGGUAGUGGUAAAAGCUAUUUGGCAAAGAUGUUGCGUGAUCUUGAGGUUGAAAAUGGUGGUGAUGCACCCCGAAUUCAUUCGAUGGAUGACUACUUCAUGACUGAAGUUGAAAAGGUUGAGGAGAGUGAGAGUUCUAAGUCAUCUUGUUUGGCCAAAGGCAAGAAACGAAUUACAAAGAAGGUGAUGGAGUAUUGCUAUGAACCUGAAAUGGAAGAGGCUUACCGGUCAAGCAUGUUGAAAGCUUUCAAGAAGACCCUUGAGGAGGGGAUUUUCACCUUUAUAAUUGUGGAUGACCGCAAUCUGCGGGUAGCUGAUUUUGCUCAGUUUUGGGCAACUGCAAAGAGGUCUGGCUAUGAAGUGUUCCUGCUAGAAGCGCCAUACAAGGACCCUGUGGGUUGCACUGCAAGGAAUGUGCAUGGUUUUACCUCAGAUGGCAUACAAAAAAUGGCAGAUCAUUGGGAAGAAGCUCCACCUUUAUACCUAAGAUUAGACAUUCAGUCGCUAUUCCAUGGUGAUAAUCUGAACAAAUGUGGGAUCCGGGAGGUGGACAUGGACAUGGAAGAAGUGGCUAAUGAGGAAGGCCUAUCUGGGUUGCAAGACGGAAAAUCUGAGAAGAUGCGACAACCACAUGGAGUAGAUAUUGCACCUGAUGGUUCUUCAAUGGAUGAAGAUAGAUGGGAUGCCGAAGCUGAUGAUUUGGGUGAAGUGAAAGAACUGGGAAGGAGUAAAUGGUCAUGUGAUGUGGAGGAAGAAGACAUUGAAAGAACUGCAGGUGUUAAAGAAAAUUCAAAUGCUCUUUCAGGGUUAAUUCAAGCAUAUGGCAAGGGAGACAAAUCUGUUUAUUGGGGUGACCAGGUUGGCAAAACUGGAUUCUCAAUAGGUGCAGCAAAAAGGCAGAAUGCCUGGUCUUUAAUAAUCGGGCCUGGUUGUGGCUACAACUUGAAUUCAAAUCCAUUAACUGAAGAGAUUAUCAGUGCAACUGGUACAAAUGGAGAGCAAAGGCGGAGUGUGUUCCAAAAGCAACUUCGUGCAGAACGUGAAUCCUUCCGAGCAGUUUUUGACAGGAGGCGGCAGCGAAUCAGUGGGCUAGGGAUAGAAGAUGAAUAGUACUUGUAGCCAUUCUUCAUUUAUUGUAUUAUUUUCCAUAUUAUUAUGGUUCUUUUAGGCUGUAUAUCUAGAGAAUGUAUUUUAGCCUUGGCGCUUGUAACUCUUCAAUUCAGAAGGGAACAUUGUUUUAGUUCA